CGGCAAAAUGGCGGAAGCAAUGAGGUCUCAUGUUGGGGCGCUUUUGAAAGGAAUUGAUAGAUACAACCCAGAGAAUCUUGCCACCUUGGAGAGAUAUGUGGAUCUUCAAGCCAAAGAGAACACAUAUGAUCUGGAGGCCAAUUUAGCUGUCCUUAAACUGUAUCAGUUCAACCCUAACUACUACCAGACCACAGUAACAGGCCAGAUCUUAUUAAAGGCUCUCACCAACCUCCCUCACACAGACUUUGCCUUGUGCAAAUGUCUAAUAGACCACAUACAUCAAGAAGAGGAGCCUAUAUUGAGGAUCCUGAAUUUACACGAGCUCUUGGAGAUGUGCCAGUUCAAAGAGUUCUGGAGAGUUAUUAAUGAGGACCCAGACCUAACAGUGGGCAUCAUCGGGUUUGAGGAUUCUAUAAGAAAGUUUGUUUGCCACGUGGUAGGAAUUACCUAUCAGACGAUAUCCUUUGCAUCGUUACGAGAGAAUCUGGGCAACAUUCCAGAUUUCCAGGUCAACCAGUGGAUAACAAAAUAUGGAUGGCGAGUUGAGUCAGACAAGAUGAUUUUUAUUGCCAAUCAGGAAGAAAACAUUAAGACAAAGAACAUCACAGAGAAAAUCUCAUUUGAAAGUGUAGCUGCUAUCAUGGCUAAUGCAAGAUGAUCACAUCAUAACCGAAAGUCAUCAUUAGUAUGGAAGAAUACUGUAAUAUGUGUGGAGGUGGGGAUAGAAGAAAUAAAACGCAUGUCAACAUG